AAUAAAACAGGGAAAACAAAAAAAGGGGACUGCAAAAAAAUCUUGACUGGAUUUUGUUUUUGUACGAUUUCUCCUGGCAUCCAUUGCUGAACAAAAGAGCGAAGUCAUAGCUCCAUCAUGGAUAUCGGUGGUUUGGAGACAGUGGUGGCCAACUCGGCCUAUGUGGCAGCUCGUGGAAGUGUGGAUGGCGGCGCAGCAGCCACCAUGCGAGACAAGAAGAUGCGUGCCAAGCUGUAUCUACCCCACAUCAAGCAGUGCGAGAACAUGAAGACUACAGUAGACUCAGCCUUCGACAGCAUGUGCGUUAAACAGCCUAUUGGCAAGCGUCUCUUUCAGCAGUACCUGGAAAGCGAGGCCACCCAUAAGCCUUCCUGUGAACUGUGGAAGGACAUGGAGGACUACAAUGUCUCGGACGAGAAGGAUCGAAAGCAGAAGGCCCAGAAGAUUGUCAACAAGUUUUAUGAUUCUGCCUCCAAGACCUCCUGCAAAUUCCUAGAGGAAAAGGCCAUCGCCCGUGUCAAGGCGGACUACACAAACAUCCGGAAUGACCUGUUCAAGGAGAGUGAGAAGCAGUUGCUCAAGCACCUGGAGACCAGUGCCCUCACUGGCUUCAAGAAAAGUAUGUACUUCCUGCGCUAUGUGCAGUUUAAAUGGCUAGAGGGCCAGUCAGUAAAUGAGGAGUGGUUCAUGGAUUUCCGAGUGCUUGGCAAAGGAGGUUUUGGGGAAGUGCAUGCCUGUCAGAUGAAGGCCACAGGCAAGAUGUAUGCCAACAAGAAGCUGAACAAGAAGAGGCUGAAGAAACGCAAGGGCUACGAGGGUGCGAUAAUUGAGAAGAGAAUCUUGGCGAAGGUGCACAGCCGCUUCAUUGUGACACUGGCAUAUGCCUUCCAGACCAAAAAUGACCUCUGCCUGGUCAUGACCAUCAUGAAUGGAGGAGACCUCAGGUAUCACAUGUACAACGUAGAUGAGAAGAACCCUGGGUUCAAGGAGCCAAGAGCAUGCUUUUACACAGCCCAGAUCAUCUGUGGUCUAGAGCACCUUCAUCAGCACAGGAUCGUCUACAGGGACUUGAAGCCAGAGAAUGUGCUACUGGAUGAUGCAGGGCAUGUGAGGCUGUCAGAUUUGGGUCUGGCUGUGGAGCUGAAACCCGGUAAAGACAAAACAAAAGGCUAUGCCGGAACACCAGGAUUCAUGGCUCCAGAACUUCUGCAAAGCAAAGAGUAUGACUACACCGUGGAUUACUUCACCCUGGGAGUGACACUGUAUGAAAUGAUUGCUGCCAAAGGACCCUUUAGGAUUCGUGGUGAAAAGGUGGAAAACACUGAGGUGACCCGGCGGAUCCUGAAUGACCCGGCCUCCUACUCAGAUAGCUUCAGCAAGGAUUGCAAGUCUUUGUGUGAAGGCCUGCUGGAGAAAGAUCCCACGAAACGACUUGGGUUCAAAAACGAUACCUGUGAUGAGCUGAAGAACCACCCCUUCUUCAAAAACCUCAACUGGGGCCGGCUAGAAGCAGGCAUGCUGACACCACCCUUUGUUCCUGAUCCAAAAAUGGUGUAUGCCAAGAAUAUUGAUGACGUGGGCGCCUUCAGUACUAUCAAAGGUGUGGUUCUGGACAACAAGGAUACGGAGUUCUACAAUGAAUUUUCCUCAGGAAACAUUCCCAUCCCAUGGCAGGAGGAGAUGAUCGAGACCGGUGUGUUUGGUGAACUCAACCUCUGGCCGGGGAAUGGAAAGCUGCCAAAUGACCUUGACCCCAACUUUGUACCACCUGUUGAGGCCAAGGGUGGGGCUUGUGUGCUGCUUUGA